AUGGCAGCAGACACAGUCAUGAUUGCACAAAGUGAAGGACCUGUGGGUGUGACGACCGAGAGCAUCACCACCCAUAGGAUAAAGCUUUGGCAGAAGGCACUAAUGCCGCCUCGUGCUGAUGGAUGUCAGGAUCCAGGUGGAAAAAGCAGAGUGAUAAACGUGGAUGAUGACGGUAAUGAGCUGGGCUCGGGUGUGAUGGAGUUAACGGAGGAAGAGCUCAUUCUGCACACGCGCAAACGAGACACCGUUAAGUGGCCCUACCUCUGCCUGCGUCGCUAUGGUUACGACUCCAACCUCUUCUCCUUCGAGAGCGGCCGGCGCUGCCAAACCGGUCAAGGGAUAUUUGCGUUCAAGUGUGCACGGGCCGAGGAGAUCUUUAACAUGCUGCAGGACAUCAUGCACAACAACAGCAUCAGUGUCGUGGAGGAGCCCGUGCUGGAGCCUGAACUCCCAGUGACGCCUCACACUCCCACCACUCCCGGUUACUCUGUCCCAACGGUAGCCAAUGGGAUCGGCCGUUACCCGUCAUUCGGCGACGCCUCCUCGCAGCCAUCCAGCCGCCACCCUUCAGUGGGCAGCACUAGGUUACCGUCAGUAGGGGAGGAGUCCACACACCCACUGCUGCUCAACGAUGAAAUGAUGCACACUUAUGUGAACACGACGGGUCUACAAGAGGAGCGGCGCUCUCGCGGCGGUGGCCACGCCCUUCUGGAACUCCGGACGUCCAAUCCAGAGAGCGCAGCCGCAGCGUCGCCCAAUGAGCUGGAGCCGCACGUGGUGUUGGAGAUGGAGGGCGUGAAGUUUGUUUUAGGCCCUACACCUGUCCAGAGACAGAUGCUGCUCAAGGAGAGGCAGGAAGAGCGGGGCGAGCAGGACGCAGGAGCGGCGGGUUCCAGUACUGAUGCCACUUCUCCCGCAAAGACUGUAAACGGCGGCACGGACUGCGACACCGGCUACGACAGCGAUGAGCGCAAGGAGACGCCACAUGAGACUCAUAACGGAGUGCUGCCGAUCACCGGAUCCCGUGCGAGACGCAACAGACCUCCCAUUCCGCUCCCAGACGCCCACAACGCUAACAACUCAGCCCAGCGGCGGACCGCGCUGCUCAACUACGAGAACCUGCCGGCGCUGCCGCCCGUUUGGGAAACCCGCAAACCCAACAGCCACGAGGAGGAACUCAAAUCGCCGUUUCUAAAUGGCUUCCACUCCCUCGAUCACAACUAUGUGAACACGGAGAACGUCAAACUCCUCAGCUCCAGCACUCAGCACACCGUAUUCAACUUUGACCUCCGCAGGCUCGGCAUGGCUGACCCGCUCCGCCAGCUCAACUACAUCGAGGUGGAGAUGGACAAAGUGUCGGACUCCAGUGGGCCGCACACCCCUAAAACCCCCACCACGCCCCUGCCGCCCACCCCCACGCGCCGGACAGAGCUGUACACCGUCAUCGACAUCGAGCGCACGGCUGCCAUGUCCAGCCUGCAGAAAGCACAGCCACGGGACGACGGCUCAUCCAGGAAAACACGACACAACAGUACCGACCUGCCCAUGUGACCCGACCAGCCAGAAUGCACAAGUUUAUCUCACCAUAAACACCUUUAGGUCACAUUUCACUACUUAAUAUCAAGAAAUAAAUAACUAUAUUUCAAAGUAAGUGGUUUUUAAACAUGCAAACUUGAAAUAAUUUUGA